CGGCGCCCGGCGCCACGUGCCCCGCGCCCGGUGCCGGGUCGGGUUUCGGGCGCUGAAACCAGAGCCCCACACGGGACCCCCCCGGAGCCCCCAGGGCCGCCCCGCUCCCCCCGCCCCGCGCCCCGGGGGGUCGCCGCGCUCCACCCGGUCUCCUGGGCGACACGGCGGGGCCCGAGGACAGCGCUGGCCUCGUCCCUGCGAGGGGCGAGCGCCUGUUCGGAGGGAUCUGGUUUCCCCCCUGCGAGACUCCGGUGGUGGGGAGAAGGAGCGGGGAGCAGGCGGGAUGUUCUUUCUCUUCCGCGGGUCGCAGCCGCGCGGCACCGGCAGCCCCGUGGCCCCCGGCUGCCGGGGCGGCCCCCGGCCCCACGGGCUCGGCAGGAGGGGCGCCCGCCGCCCCCGCCCGGCCCCGCGGCUCGGGGGUCCCGGCCCCGCGGGGAGCCGGGGGCGCUGGAGCCGUAGCGCUGCGUCCCCCUCGGAGCGGCGGCGGGCCGCCGAGGAGCUGGGGCCCCGGCCGCCCCCCGCUCUUGGGCAGGACGGGAAGCCGCGCUCUGGCGUCCCGGGCUCCGGCGGGGGGGACCCGGAGGAUGCGCUGGACUCGGCACAGACCCCCACUCUGCAGGGAUACUCGGUGCUGCAGGGGCUGGUGGGGCCGGCCUGCAUCUUCCUGCGGCAGAGCAUCGCCAUCACCCAGCGGGACCGGGAGCUGCGGCCCGAGGAGAUUGAAGAGCUGAAGCACGCGUUCCAGGAGUUCGACAAGGACCACGACGGCUACAUCAGCUACAAGGACCUGGGCGAGUGCAUGCGGACCAUGGGCUACAUGCCCACAGAGAUGGAGCUCAUAGAGCUGUCACAGCAGAUCACCGGGGGCAAAGUAGAUUUCGACGAUUUCGUGGAGCUGAUGGGCCCCAAGAUGCUGGCGGAGACGGCGGAUAUGAUAGGGAUCAAGGAGCUGCGCGACGCCUUCCGUGAGUUCGACACCAACGGGGACGGGCAGAUCAGCAUGGCGGAGCUGCGGGAGGCCAUGCGCAAGCUGCUGGGGCAGCAGCUCAACUACCGCGAGGUGGACGAGAUCCUCAAGGACGUGGAUCUCAACGGCGACGGCCUGGUGGACUUUGAAGAGUUUGUGCGGAUGAUGUCGCGCUGAGGGCAGUGUGUGCCAACGUGGGACCCGGGCCCCCCCGUGCCUUACGACGAGGAGGGGGCUGUGCAGGGACCCCCAGCUGCAGGGGCCGGGGCGGUGUCGCCCCAGCCUGGGGUGAGGCCGAGCGCCGGGGCUACUCUGUUGCUGAGCUGCGACUGCGGCGGGAGGCGCCGGGGCCCAGGCCGGGACCCUUUUCGGCACAGACUCGGCCGAGCUUCGACCACUCUCGCUCUCAUCUCUGCUCUCUCCCUCCAUCAUCCCCCUCCCCCCUCCGACCUCACCCCAAAUGUCAGACCAUCACAGUCUCCUCUCCUCCAGCUGUACCCCCUCCUGCUGCUCGUCCCUGCACCCUCUGUUCCUACCCCGUAUCCCACGCUGAGCCCCUUAGGCUCCCCCCACGUUGUGUUUAAUGUUGACCCCAUGGCACAACCCACUCCAUCACACGGUUUGAACUCAGACCUCCCCUUAACCUGCCUAACGUCCUCAGUGCAGGAGAUGCUCCUGGGGGCCUCUGCCCCGCCGGGACCCCCUCGAGGAGAGAAACCGGGAAUCAGGUGUUCCCAGGCGGAGGGGGCUCGGUGUGCUGCAGGCAGGGCUGGCACGGGUGCCCUUCCUCACCCUGGCUGCAGUUUUGGGGUCAAUUCUGCCCUUUGGAAAUGAAAAAAACCUCUCUCUGCA